UCUAUUUUUCAGAGCUGUCCAUUAUUUACAAAGUGGUGAUUUGAAUUCAACACAAUAAUCUAAUUGUAAGUUGACUUAUCUUAAGAAAUCACAAAGUUAUGACGCAGUGACCGUUCGAAAACAACAAAGCUACAAAUUUCAGCCAUAAUAAUCUCUUCCCCGUGUCUCAAAUUUGUGCCUUGAGCAUGAGAACGUGCCAGCCAAUAUAACAAAGAGAACCCCAGUGUCAAAUUCAACAUAAUUAAAGCAAUCCAAAAGCAAUCUUUCCUUACUAGUCUAAACUCAACACCUGAGAACUUGCCGGUGGUUACAAAUUAACAACUCGCUUGUUCUCUCUUGCAAAGCAAAGGAACAUUCAUAGCUUCAUUGAUUUCAUGCAAGGAAAUUAAGAAGGAGAAGAAUGUUGUGCCAAUAUUGGGACUCAUGGGAUCACAUGAAUCGUUGAUUAUACAUAUGUUGUAUGGUAGACUUUUUGGAUUGAUUUAGAUGACAAGUUUGGUGCUAAGAUGAGUCAGAGAAUUUACGGAUAUCAAAGAAGAAGGUUUGAUGCAACAAGAUCAUGGAGAGGGUACCAGGCUCCGUGGGCACUAGUGCUGGCUUUUCUUUGAGAUUGGGACAAACCAUCUUUUCUUCUGCUUCUCUUCUCUUCAUGUCUUUGGGAGUGGAGUUCUACAGCUACACUUCAUUCUGCUACUUGGUAACAAUCAUGGGUUUGGUCAUUCCAUGGAGUUUCACUUUGGCGUUGGUGGAUGGGUAUUCUGUUCUGGUUAAAUGCCCUGUUCGUCAGCCUGGAAUACUGCUCAUAAUAGCUGCAGGAGACUGGGUUUUAUCGGUUCUCACACUAGCCGCGGCAAGUUCCACGGCUAGCGUUGUGGAUCUACUCCUCCACUCAGGCGGGUCCUAUUGCCCGCCAAAGUGUUGCAGUAGAUAUCAAAUGUCUGCUGCUAUGGCUUUUCUCAGUUGGUUUCUGUCUUUGGCUUCGGCUCUUCUCAAUCUUUGGUUACUCCCUUCCUUGUAAUUCUCGGUUGAGUAUUUGUUGCCUAACAUUUUUUAGCAUCUCAAGGUAAAAAUAUAGAUUAUUGUGAGG